AUGAUGAGUUGUUGUUGUCACUUAUCACAAAGUAUCAAUUUGAAUGGAUUAAAAAGUACGGUUGGAAACAUAGCAGAAUAUGAGAAGAAAUUAGGACAAGGUAUUCAAACAGCAAAUAAUUACUUAGCAUCAAAUAAUCUACCUAAAUUAAGGAAACGACAACUGAAGUCGAAAUUAAUGCAAGGUGUACAAUCAUAUGGCCAACAGCAGCAACCGAUGCAACAACAACAACAACAACCACAACAACAAAAUUCACAACAACAACAACAACCACAACAACAAAAUUCACAACAACAACAACAACCACAACAACAAAAUUCACAACAACAACAACAACCACAACAACAAAAUUCACAACAACAACAACAACCACAACAACAAAAUUCACAACAACAACAACAACCACAACAACAACAACCACAACAACAAAAUUCACAACAACAAAGAUCACCACAACAGCAAUCUCAACAACAACGACCGCAACAACAGCAAUCACAACAACAGCAACAACAACAAUACUACUCAUCCAAUAUGAUGAUGAAGAGACAAAUGGGAGAGAGCAUUAACCACAAUGCACAACAACCAAUGAGCUCAUGCUCCCAAUCUUCCAAUUCAAACAGAGGACAGGGUGGAUAUGGACAACCCAUUGGUCAAUCACAAAUGAUGAAACGUCAACAACAGUUAAAACUAGCACAAGCUUUCUAUCCUUCACAACAAGGUCAACAACAAUUACAACAGUAUGGAUAUCCACCCAUUAAGCCUCAAAUGCAAAUGGGAGGGAUAAAUAUGCAACCUAAACAAUUCCCACAUUUUCAACAACCUCAACAAUACGAUAACAUAGGAUUUGAUGAAAAUCAACAAGACAUUUAUGAGUCUGUUGAUGGGCCAUCUGUAUAUGAUGAAAAUGCUGAAAAAUCGCUUAUGGGUGGUGUUGUGAAACGUGAAUUGAUGUAA